AUGGAUCGAACAUUAAGGGCUUCUGCUCGAAGGUUCCCGAAAUUGCAAGCUGUGGCCUUUCGAAGACCGCAAUGGGCCGGAUUGGAAUCGAAGCCCUACUACGUGACGACUCCAAUCUUCUACGUCAAUGCUGCUCCUCACAUCGGACACAUGUAUAGCAUGAUCCUCGCAGACGUCCUCAAACGAUGGCAGGUCCUAAGGGGAAAGAAGGCCUUACUGCUUACCGGCACCGACGAGCAUGGAAUGAAAGUCCAGCAGGCGGCGGCGCUCAACGAUGUUCCUCCAAAGCAGUGGUGUGACAUGAAUGCCGAGAAGUUCAAGGACCUGGCAGAGAAGUCCCAGAUCGACAAUGACUUCUUCAUGCGAACGACCGACCCCGACCACAUUGAGGCCGUGAAGCACUUUUGGUACUUGCUUAGGGAAAAAGGAUACAUCUACGAGUCAAAACAUGAAGGAUGGUACUGCGUGAGCGACGAGACCUUCUACCCGGAGAACAUGCUGGAAAGGAGGGUUGACCCCCUGACUGGCAAGGUCUUCCUCGCAUCUGUAGAGAGCGGCAACGCUGUCGAAUGGACAGAGGAGAAAAACUACCAUUUCCGCAUGACAGCACUGAAGGACAAGCUGCUAGAGUUCUACGAGGCCAAUCCCGACUGGAUCGUGCCGCAGUCGAGGAUGAACGAGGUGGUCAGCUGGGUGAAAAACAACCUCGAAGACUUAUCAAUAUCGCGCCCAGCCACUCGUCUACAGUGGGGUGUACCUGUACCAGAUGACCCUUCGCAGACCGUAUAUGUCUGGGUGGACGCCCUCUUGAACUACAUGACCAAGACCGGCUUUCCAAAUUGGACCCCAGGGCAGGAAUGGGAAGGCGGGUGGCCGGCCGAUGUGCAUGUUAUCGGAAAAGACAUCGUGCGCUUCCAUGGCAUCUACUGGCCAGCAUUACUUCUGGCUCUUGAUUUCCCUCUGCCCAGGAGGCUGCUCAGUCAUGCCCACUGGACAAUGGGUGGUAAAAAGAUGUCUAAGUCUAUCGGCAACGUCGUCAAUCCACAUUUCGCCAUCGACAGAUGGAGCAUUGACGUGAUGCGCUUCUACAUGGUUUACGACGGUGGAAUCGCCGACGAUGCUGACUACGGCAAUGAUGCUAUUGCGGAGAGAUACAAGAAGCAGCUUCAGAGCGGUCUGGGCAACUUUUUGAGCCGCAUAACUCGGCCGAAGCUGUGGAGUGUCCGGCGAGCAGUCGAAGCCGCCAAAAUCGAUACUCUGUCGCCAAUUGGUGAGCAAGACAAGAUAUUGCAGAGACAGCGCCUGAUUAUCGAGAAUCUGAUCGAUAGUACGUACUAUCACAUGGAAACAUUGGAUCCCUCGCGUGCAUUACAGUCCAUCACUAAUGCCGCAUUGUUGAGUAACAAGUACAUCGAUCUCACUAUGCCUUGGAAUCAGGCGAAGGCAGUGAAAAAUGAGGCAGAUCGACUAAAACUCGAUCGCGACAUAUAUUACGCAGCGGAAACUCUGCGCGUAGUUGGGAUACUUCUGCAGCCUUUUAUGCCAAACAAGGCAAAGCAGAUGCUAGACGUGCUCGGUGUGCCGCAGACUCAAAGAACAUACGAAUACGCACGGCUUGGUGCUGAUUUUGAGUAUGGUACACCAAUCCAGAGCCCUGGCAAGGGGCCCUCUGAAGGCCUCUUUCCGCCACUUAUUGUUGAGGAGUGA